GCUCGGCGGGUUUGGGGCCCGGGCAUUCCCGGGGGCAUUCCCGGCGGCGUUCCCGCCGGCAUUCCCCGCCGCCAUGGAGCUCUCUUGCCAGGCCCUGAGAACCACCUACCAGGCGAGAGAAGCGGAGGAGAUGCGAACAGAAGCUCGUCGGAAAAAUCUCCUCAUUCUAAUUUUGCAUUAUUUAAUGGAGGAAGGAUAUGUCGAUGCUGCAAAUGCUUUGGAAAAAGAGACAAAAUUAAGUUUACGUGGCUUUGAAGUUUGUGACAACGUUGAUCUUGAGACAAUUUUGAUGGAAUAUGAAAGCUAUUACUUUGUAAAAUUUCAAAAGUAUCCUAAAAUUACCAAAAGGGUGCUGGACACUGCCGAAAAUAAACAACAGCUGCGAACUGGGGGAAGACCAAGAAGGGCAGCAAGCUCUUCUCAAAAUAUACCAAGGCUCAAGGUACAGACAGUGCACCACACUGCGUCAAAAACUUCUGGGAGUACAACAGAACCUAAAUCAUCUGCCAAGGAGAGCCCCAGACAGAAUAGUGACAGUGCAGUUACUCUGGAUCAACCUGACUUUGGCUUAAGCAUCUCAGCAAUCAGCAAACCUGGAGGAGACAGCCCUCACCCAAGAAAGGGCCAAGUAAUUGACUUCCAUGGGAUGAUUCAGGAUGCUGUCAGAAUGUCACCAAAUGAAAUUGCCUUGAACAGCCUUAACUGUGAUCCAGAUCCCUCAGAACGAUUAUUGAAACCCCUUAGCGCCUUUAUUGGCAUGACUGGUGAGAUGAGGGAGCUUGCAAUGGUUGUAAGCAAAGACAUUUAUCUCCAUAAGCCCAACGUGAAGUGGGAUGAUAUUAUAGGGCUGGAUGCAGCUAAAAGGCUGGUCAAGGAAGCAGUUGUUUAUCCCAUAAAGUACCCAGAGCUGUUUACUGGCAUUCUGUCCCCUUGGAAAGGGUUGUUGCUCUAUGGACCACCAGGUACUGGAAAAACUUUGCUUGCUAAGGCUGUUGCCACAGAAUGCAACACAACGUUUUUCAACAUAUCAGCAUCCACCAUUGUCAGCAAAUGGAGAGGUGAUUCAGAGAAACUUGUCCGGGUGUUGUUCGAGCUCGCCCGCUACCACGCUCCUUCCACAAUUUUCUUGGAUGAGCUGGAGUCAGUUAUGAGUCAAAGAGGCACUGCUCCUGGUGGUGAACAUGAAGGAAGUCGGCGGAUGAAAACAGAAUUACUGGUGCAGAUGGAUGGCUUGGCCCGAUCUGAUGAUCUUGUAUUUGUUUUAGCAGCUUCCAAUCUGCCAUGGGAGUUGGACUCUGCCAUGCUGCGGCGGCUGGAGAAGAGGAUUCUGGUGGACCUGCCCAGUAAAGAGGCACGGCAGGUGAUGAUCCAGCACUGGCUGCCCCCUCUGAGCAACAGCGGGGGUGUGGCGCUGAGGACAGAUCUGGAUUACAGCUUGCUGAGCCAGGAAACAGAUGGAUACUCUGGCUCAGACAUAAAACUCGUGUGCAAGGAAGCAGCCAUGAGACCAGUGAGGAAAAUAUUUGAUGCUCUUGAAAAUCACCAGCCAGGUAACAGUAAGCUGCCCGUGAUCCAGCUGGACACGAUCACAACAGCUGAUUUCCUGGAUGUGAUCACCCACACCAAGCCAUCAGCAAAGAACCUAAGCAGGAAGUACAUGGCUUGGCAGAGGGAAUUUGAGUCAGUCUGACAGAAAACACCAAGAAACUUCCAAGACUUCCAAAGUGGCAUGUCCUUGCUCCAAAGGAUCAGGUGGUGAUGGGGAGGGAAAUGCUGAUAUCUCAGGGAAGAGAAAGCAGUGACAAGUGUCAGAGGGAAAUCUUUACUUCCAAAAUUUAAGGGUGGGUGGGAGAGUGGUGGUUAUUCUUUAUUAACCAUUUUAAUGACCAUUCAAAAAACAUUCUUCAUGGAAAUAAUGUGAUGGCAGCUCCUAUGCAACAAGGCCUCCAGCCUUAAUUUUAUGCAUAAAGAUUUAAAAGAUUGAUUGCUUCUCAGUCUUUAUUCAUGACAGCUGCAUAUAGGUUUGAGGUAGAACUGGAGCAGAAGGCUUAAGAAAGGUUAGACAAUCAGUGUAAUUCUCCAUUCCCAAGACCCACUAGAGCAUCACAGUCAGUGUAGCUGUACCAGCAGAGACCUGCAUGUUUCUUAAUGAGACAUGAAACAGGGGUUUUCAGUGAAAUUCAGGACCUUAGCAACGCUUUGUAGUUGAGGUUAGUUUGUCAUCAUUUCAAUGAUGAGCUGAGUUCAAAGCCUUGAUGUGCCAAGUGUGUUACUUUCCUGUUGGUUUGGAGUAUUUCCAAGGUGGAAAAGGCAAGGAAUUAAGAGGGAGAGUGUAGAAAAUCAGCAUGUUUAGGCUAAUUAACCAGAAACUUUAUUGGUGGUUACCCACUGGUUCACAUCCAGCCAUAAAACAGAAUCACAGAAUCCCAAGUGGCUCAGGUUGGAAGGGACCACAGUGGGUCACCUGGUCCCACCUCCUUGUUCCAGCAGGGCCAUCCCAGAGCACAUGGCACAGGAUUGUGCCCAGAUUUUCUGGGAUAUCAACCAGUGAGGGAGACUCCACACCUCUUCAGUGCUCAGUCACUGCACAGCAAGGAAGUUCUUCCUCACGUUCAGAUGGAAUUUCCCAGGCAUCAGUUUGUGCCUCUUCCUCUUGUCCCAUUGCUGGGCACCCCCGAGCAGAGCCUGGUCCAUGCUCUGACCCCUCUCUGCAGACACUGACAGACAUCAGCGAGGCUGAACAGCCCCAUCUUCCUCAGCCUUUCCUCCUCACAGAGAUGCUCCAGUCCAUCACCUGUGUCACCCUCCGCUGGACCCAGUGGAGUUUUGCAGUGUCUUUGCAGUGCAGUGUUAAAUACCAGACAUGCUGGAGACUGUUCCUGCACACACAGCCAGAUGAGCAGUCAGCACUGCCACCUCUUUGCACCACCAGUUCUAACAAGUCACUCUUUCAGAUCUCAUUGCUGCCCUUCUCUUACCCUCCUCCUUCCCCGGCAAGACACUUCCCGUCUUUGCAGUUCUCCCAGUGUUUUCCUUGGGCUUGUGUGCAUCUGCAUUCCGAGUGCCAGGGCUGUGCAUGCUUUCCAGCACGUCCCAGGACCUCUGAGGCACUGACAGUCCCUCUUAGUUCCAGCAUCACUCACGUCAGGAGUCUCCAUGGGAAAUGUCUUCACAGCAUUUGGCUUAUAGCUCUCCCACCUCCUGAACCUGACUCUGGCUUCUGUUCCUGAGGGGUCUCUGCUCCCAGGUAGCAAGUGAAACCAGGAGAAACAGCCUCAAGUUGUGCCAGAGGAGGUUCAGGUUGGAUAUUUGGAAUAAUUUCUUCACUGAAAGGGCUGUCCUGCUCUGCACAGGCUGCCCAGGGCAGUGUUGGAGUCCCCCUCCCUGGAGGGAUUUAAAACCCUGUGGAUGUGGCACCUGGGUACCUGGUUAGUGGUGACCUUGGCAGUGCUGGGGGAAUGGAUGAACUCGAUGAUCUUAAAGGGCUUUUCAAACCUAAAUGAUUCUGGGUUUGUACUGCAAAAUCUGCAAAAUCCAUCCA